AUGGCUGCUCCUCGCUCGCUGGAGGAAAUGAAUUUCAUGACAGAUAAGGCACGAGAAAUAGACGACACUGGCGACUACUUCACCUGGAUUGCUUGCAAUGACAAGGAAGUUGAAGAAACCUGGGAGUGCGACGGUCAAGAAGGACGUGAGCCUUUCCUGGAAUGGGAUCUAGCUAGUGGGCAACCUGAUUCGAUCAGUGCUCAAUCUGAGUCAGGUUCCUGCCAUUCGCGGCUCACUCUUGAAUGCUCUUGCCCGUCAAAGUGGCAAUUGAGGGAAAAAGAGUGUUAUAUCCUCACUCCUUCACCGCAUACUUGGAAUCAGGCCAAGUCGGCUUGCCACGGUAUGGGUGGCAAGAUGGCCGCUCCUCGCUCGCUCGAGGAAAUGAACUUUAUGGCAGAUAUGGCACGCAAGGUGGACAGUGACUACUACGCCUGGAUUUCUUGUAAUGACAAGGAAGUUGAAGGAACUUGGGUGUGUGACGGUCAGGACGGAAGUGAGCCCUUCCUGAAAUGGGCUGAUGGGCAACCAGAUGAUAAGGGCAAUCAUCAAGAUUGCGGUCAAAUUGCGGCUCGUUAUCGUGACAAGAUGGACGACGUUGGCUGUGACAAUAUGCAUCCCCGUUGGACUGUUUGUGUUCGUCAAGCUGCUUGCACUUACGGCCUAAUCCAGCCCCGUCACUAA